UUAUCAUUCAAAAUAUACUUCAAUUCAAUAGUAUAUUUAAGCGGUAGAGAAAAGUAUAUCUUUAUUUCCAAAAUUAGAUUAAGUGAAACGUAUCUUCAUAUAUUAUAAGGUGCCGAUAUAGGAUUAACUGACGUUUUGUGACCAUUAAAUAAUUGUGAUUUGUUGUGAGCAUAACAUUCUAGACAUACAAUGCAGUGAAUCUGUGCGUAGCUACGUAGCUAUCGAUAAGGUUUUAUCAUUCAGUCAGAAGUUUUCAGUGGUACGGUCAACCCGUGUCAACAACGUGUCUGUGUCGCUGUGUUGUUUACAUAUUACACGUAUACCGCCCAUAACAAAGCUAAUUGAAUAAUGAGUUCUAUACAAAGCAAUGACGAAGUGCCUGUGAGGACACUUCCAAACAAUGAAAGAAUUAAGCGCCUUAAAGACUACUUUUGUGAAGAAUUUGGUUGCGAACCGAAGUUUUUUGUCAGAGUGCCGGGCCGCGUAAACCUAAUUGGUGAACACAUUGAUUAUUGCGGCUAUCCAGUGUUGCCCAUGGCGUUGGAACAGGAUAUACUAAUAGCUGCUGCAAUACUCAAUAAGCCAGAAGUCCACCUGCGUAACAUAAACAAUAAAUAUGAUAAUUUUAAAAUGGAGGUACGAAGCUGUGAAGAUCUAAAUAUAAUACCAGACUCAAACGGAAAACCAUUUUGGUAUAAUUAUGUUCUUUGUGGAGUAAAAGGAGCAUUGGAAUUCCUGAAUGAUCGCAUCGAUAGUGGAUUGCAGAUCGUGGUUGAUGGGAAUAUCCCGCCUGCGUCUGGUCUCUCAAGUUCAUCAGCCUUAGUAAGUGCGUCAUGCCUGGCUGUUUUAUAUGCACAAAAAGUGCCUCUAAGUAAAACUGAUAUAGCUUCUUUGUGUGCCAAAUGUGAAAGAUAUAUUGGAACUCAAGGAGGUGGAAUGGACCAGGCGAUUGCAUUUCUGGCGCAAAAAAAUUGUGCCCAGUAUAUAACGUGGCAACCCUUAAAAGCUACUCCAGUUGCGCUCCCAGAAAACGCUGCCUUUGUUGUAGCCCACAGCAUAUCGGAAGCUAACAAAGCAGCCACGAACGAUUUUAAUAGACGAGUGAUAGAAUGUAGGUUGGCAGCUAAAAUUAUAGUAACGCGUGCAGGUGCAGCUACUGAUAAGAAAAUUAUUACCCUGAGCCAAGUACAAAGUAAACUCGAUAACAGUUUGGAAGACAUGGUAAAACUUGUUUAUGAACAUUUACCAAAAGAUUUAUACACAAAAAGUGAAAUCUGCGAAAUCUUGCAUGUUAACGAAGAAGAAUUGGAACAGUUGUAUCUUACGCCAAAUACAAGUCAUUUAACGGAAUUUAAAUUGAAACAGAGAGCUCUUCACGUUUACGAAGAAGCUCAACGUGUAGAAGAUUUUCGUAAACAAUGUUCGCAAAUAGUUUCGAAUAGCAAUGGCCAGAAUGGUGUAAACGGGAAAAGCAAUGCCAUUGUAUGCGAGAAUGGUGACGGUGAUGAUAUAAUAAACAUUCUCGGAAACCUGAUGUAUGGUAGUCACCAAAGUCUAAACGAACUUUACGAGUGCUCACAUGACAAUUUAAAUCAUCUAGUCAACUUGUCGAAGACAAUGAACGUCAAUUCUCGUGUUACCGGAGCCGGAUGGGGGGGAUGCAUCAUAGCUUUGUGUCAUAAAGACAAAGUAAAUAGUUAUAUAGAUAUGUUAAUAGAAGAAUUUUACAGCAAAUACUGCAAAAUUGAUAAAAAUAAAGCGAGAUCUUAUGUUUUCGCAACCACUCCUAACCACGGUGCUGAAAUUUAUGUUAACAAAUGAUAAAAAAAUUUUGUUCAUGUAAGACCCAAUUAUUAAGAUCGUUCUUACUCCAAUUAAACCUAACUUAGUAAUUUAAUACAAUACGUAUAAUAAGUAAUAAGGAGAAGAUAAGGGAAUAAAUGGAUGUUUAAAAUGAAUCAGUCGAUUCUUUUAAUUUUAUUAAAGUAUAAAGGAGCCUACCAGGGUGGUGAUUUCUCACCACCCUGGUAGGCCCCCUGGAGGCCUGAUACCACUCCACGCCGUGUAUUGCACUGUCACCCUCGUACAUACUAUUAUUUCGUGAUAGUAGAUCCUCAGGCCAUAAAACGUGUAAUAGAUUUUUUACAACCCACUUCUAUUCACUAUUUUGUCAACGUUAAGAAUUAAUCCCGAAGACAAAAGCGCUAUUUAAUUGUUUAUAACCUUCCUUGUAUAUGAUUACUUUUUUUUUCUCUAGACCACUGUAUCAUACUGCUGGGCCUGAUUACUUUAACUAUACCUAUUUAUUGUGUUGUAAUAGUUAUUAUGAUGUUAAGUAGAAAUCAUGUGAGAUAGUUUUGUUUUAAUAAAACAUAAACGUAACAUAUA